AUGGAUUGGCCAGUAGACUUGGAUCAGAGUCUCGGAGACACUCCAUCAUUCAGACAAUCAAACAAACCAAUUUUCCCGUCUCUAUUUCUAAUUGUUUCGUUAUUCUUUAUUCUCAGAGAAAAUUUGAGUUUUAUGUCAUCAUCAUCACCUCCUGACAGUUUGUUUGCAUCAUCAGAAAAGUAUGCAGCAUCAUACUCGACGUGGGCAAGCAUCAACCUUGGAGUCACUCUCUGUAUUGAUUGCUUGGAAAUUCAUCGGAGUCUUGGAGUUCACGUUUCGAAAGUGCGAUUGUUGACACUCGACCAGUGGGAACCAGAAACAGGAAAACUUAUGAUGAUGCUUGGCAACUCUGUGGUCAACGGAGUGUUUGAGCAAAAUUUGGAAGGAUGGAAGAAGCCGACAACUCAGUCGUCACGAGAUGAACGAGAGACAUACAUACGAGUGAAAUACGUCAACAAACGUUUUCUCUUGAAACAAAAGAUAGUGUCUACCUCCAAACCAGUGCGAGUACCACUUACCAUCGUCAUUGGCUCAGAAAGUAACGACAGCAGAGACAAGGAUUUUUUCCUGGUUGCUACUAACAAACGAGAAGUGACGAUGGAUUCAAUAGUGUUGUCUGAAGCUACAUCUGAUUCAGACAGGAUCAGUCCAGAAAUUCAUUGA